UCAGUCACAUCCAAUCUGAGAGCUGCACAUCCCAAAAAAAUGAGAACGACCUGAAGCGCCAAUACCGAAUACAACGAGUGGAGAAACAAAAAUGGAACGAGAAAUUUUGGAUAGCUCACAAAACACAUUUCAUAGCGAUAUCAACUUCAAGAUUGUCUGGUUGACAGCACGCCAUCUGAGGUCGAGGGAGAAUCACCGGACCAGCCAACAUCACGCAGUACAUCUUCACAAGAUUCACUGUACACAGAAUGCAGUGCCGAUAGCGGGGGAAGCAACGCUGAUGAAUUGAAGUUCGUAAUAUCAAUCGGUACUAAGGAUUGGGAUGAGAUCCGACCUGAAGCUGUCACAUAUCCCGAUAAAAAAGCACAGGAUACAUGGAGAAUUUCUGGAUUGCCAUUAUUGGUGUCAAUCGAAUGAGUGUGGCUGACCAGCCGCACCGCACAAACAAUGCCCUGGAAGGGUUUUACUCCAGAUUGCUGGAGUUGAUGGGGCCCCAUCCAGGGGUUUGGAAGUUCCAUGGUUGUUGAGCAGCUGCAGUUACCAGAGUUACCAGUUAUCAACAACAAUGCGCCCGCAGCCGCUGACCCUCACAAUCAACCCAGGAGAGGAAGGGGAGGUGGAAGAAGAGGAGGGGGCGGUGGAAGGAGAGGAGGAGCAGUUAGAGGCAGAGAAAUGAGAGAACCAGAAGGUCAAGCCAUUGUCGAAAGAGGUGGAGUAGGGAAUGACCUAGAGUUCUUGCAAGAACUAUGGCCCAUGGAUGUGAGUGGGCUAUUUCCUAGUAACAACGAACAGCAAGCCGAACAUCUGAGCCAGCGGCAAGUGGAAUACCUGGCUGCUAUUCCUAUCGAGGAAGAUGAUGCCGUUGCAGGCGAAGACGACCUGGCCUGCCUGCAUCACCUGCGGAGUCCACAAGCGCUCCUACAUUACAGAGCCUUGUGGACAUUUUGUUAUGUGCGGAAGGAGCGGAAAAAAUUCCUGGUAACCCAAAAAAAGGAUUUUGACAACGAGCCCAUGUCCCCAGACAAGUUAUCAGUCUUCUACAAGAGAUUUCUGGACGAGCACUGGAAAAUACACUUGCACUACAGCUACAAAUAGUACUAGAAGAAUGCAGGGCUUGUAUUGUAGUGCUAGCCCUCACAGAGAAGCUGCAUCGUUUGUGAAUGGCGUUUUUUCAAAAGAACUCUUAACCCACUGCUAGUUAGAUACCGUCAAUUUUAAUCUCUAGUCAGAAAGUGUAUAUUAUUUUUGGUGCAAAUAUAUCAUGUAAAUAUUGUUGGUGAA